GUUGGAGGACACACCAUGCUGCCUAUCCGCUGGAUGCCUCCGGAGAGCAUCAUGUACAGGAAGUUCACAACAGAGAGUGACGUCUGGAGCUUCGGGGUGAUCCUCUGGGAGAUCUUCACAUAUGGGAAGCAGCCCUGGUUUCAGCUCUCAAACACAGAGGUCAUUGAGUGCAUUACCCAAGGCCGAGUUUUGGAAAGGCCUCGAGUCUGCCCCAAGGAGGUUUAUGACAUCAUGUUGGGCUGCUGGCAGAGAGAACCUCAGCAACGGCUCAACAUCAAGGAGAUCUACAAGAUCCUUCAUGCUCUGGGCAAGGCCACACCAAUCUACCUGGACAUCCUUGGCUAGCAGUGGCCACUUGUUGAAAGUCCCUGCUCCUUCCUUCCGUCCUUCCUUCCCUCUCCCCCUCCCAAGUCCGUUGCCCCACAGCUCCCAAGCAAACAUCUUCAUAUAAACUCAAGUGCCUGCUACACAUACAACACUGAAAAAAACAAAACAAAAAGCAAACCAACAAAAAUCCCACAAAACAACAACCUGUAAGGCAGUUUGGCUUAUAUAUAUUUAUAGAUAUCUCUCUAUAUAUAACUUCCACACCAAUACAGAAAGAAGCUGCUGUUACAGAAAAUUAUAAGACUUUAAAAAACAAACAAACAAACAAAAAAGGGAGAAAAAAGUACUUAAAAAUAUAUAUAUA